GCCAAGUUGAAUAGUGGCCUUAGUGGGCAGUGGUCACGGAAACAACUUAGUUCUGUUGGUGGCUUCUUUAGACUUCCUGAAAACGUGGGAGCCUUCACCUGGGAACCUAUGAUCUUGAGCUAUUGAUAGUGACAAAACUACCUCUGAUCUUGAGUUCCAUUCUCUGAAUAUCAAAAGCAUGCUCCAUCUCCACAACCUACCCAUUACUCAAUAGAGACAUUUCUAAUUUUCUUAGCUACUACAAGGGAGUGCCGAGUGCAUGCUAAGCUGCAAGUAGUCAAAUUCUUUUUGUGUACCACCGUGUGGUUUUUGUAUAAAAGGAAUCCUCUGUUUUUGGAGACAAGCUAUACUUAUUAUGGAAUUUAAUAAGGUUUUCCUGCUGUUUUUCUGUAUUUUCUUCUGUUUUUCAGCUUUCCAAGCUGAGAGCAGGCUUCUUAGUAACUUCUUCCAAGAGCCACAAGAACCACAUUUUCGUGUUCUGUCUCAAAUUUCACUACCUCCUUCUCCUGCACCUGAGGCUCAUUCCCCUAGUCCUGCAGAUUUUGCAGCAAUUUUCAAUGUUUUAUCUUAUGGGGCAGUAGGUGACGGUGUCGCUGAUGACACACAAGCGUUCAAAAUGGCCUGGGAUGAUGCAUGCCAUACUGACUCGGGCAUUCUUUUGGUUCCCAGUCGCUAUUCCUUCAUGAUACAGUCUACCAUCUUCACAGGUCCUUGCAAAAGUGGACUAGUUUUUCAGAUUGAAGGAACUAUUAUGCCACCUGAUGGACCUGAUUCAUGGCCAAAGAAUUACAGUAAGCGACAAUGGCUAGUCUUCUACAGAGUCAGCGGAAUGACAAUGCAAGGUGGUGGACUAAUAGAUGGGAGAGGAGAAAACUGGUGGAAUCUUCCCUGCAAACCUCACAAAGGAGUAAAUGGAACCACUUCACAUGGUCCUUGUGACAGCCCGGUUGCUAUAAGGUUUUUUAUGAGCUCCAAUUUGACAGUACAAGGGCUUAGAGUUAGAAACAGUCCUCAAUUCCAUUUCCGUUUUGAUGGCUGCCAAGAUGUCAAUGUUUAUUCACUCUACAUAAAAUCGCCUUCUCUUAGUCCCAACACUGAUGGUAUUCACAUAGAGAACACAAGUGAUGUCAGGAUACAUAACACAAUUAUUUACAAUGGUGAUGACUGUGUAUCAAUUGGAGCUGGUUGUCAUAAUGUAGACAUAAGGAACAUAACAUGUGGUCCCAGUCAUGGAAUAAGCAUUGGCAGCCUUGGCAAACAGAACACCAAAGCAUGCGUGUCAAAUAUAACAGUGACAGACUCAUUGAUCAAGCACUCAGCUAAUGGUGUGAGAAUCAAAACAUGGCAAGGUGGAUUUGGAUCAGUAUCCAAGGUGACUUUCAACAACAUUGUUAUGGACACAGUUCGAAAUCCCAUCAUCAUAGACCAAUACUACUGCGAGACAAAGGGCUGCCAGAAUCAGACUUCAGCAGUAUACGUUUCUGACAUAUUGUACACAAACAUUAAAGGGACUUAUGAUGUGAGAAGCCCACCAAUGCGAUUAGCCUGCAGUGAUUCUGUGCCAUGUACAAAUCUCACGCUUUCAGAUGUUGAAUUGUUUCCUGCUCAGGGACAGAAUAUAUUGGAUCCCUAUUGCUGGAAUGCUUAUGGAUCCCUUAAAACUCUUACAAUUCCACCAGUUUUCUGCUUGUUGGAAGGAUACCCUCCUGACUCCAUGCCACCAAAUGAUGUACUUGUGUGCUGAUCAUUAAUCAAUAAUCAAUGCAUAGUUCUAGUCAUUAGUGCAUGUCAAAUAAGCAUGCAUAGAUUUAUGUAUCA